AUGUCUCGCCGUCUGCUUAUUGCUCGCCCAGGGCACAUCUACCUCGCAACUUACACCCCCGCCUCAGCAACCAUCACAAUCGAUCUCGACGAGCCGUUUCCAGGCAAUCCCUCUUGGUUCGCCAUUUCUCCCACAGACCCUCAUUUAUUAUACACUUUUGAUGAGGGUGGUUCGACGACGUAUGCCUUUCGUCUGGAUCUUGCGGCAAAUACAUUGACAAAAGUCGCUCAAUCGGAAGAUGGCAGCAGUGGCGUGUGUCAUUUAGCUUUCAACAAAGAGGGGACGAUUCUGAUUGGGACGUCCUGGGCUGAAGGAACAAUCGAUAUAUGGAACACGGAAUCUUCGACUCCUGAACUCAUCACGACGAUUCAGUCGAAAGACCCCGUGGUUGACGCUGGUAGAGUCGCGCGCGCUCACGAAGCUGUGCUCGAUCCUACAGGCCGCUUCUUCGUUGUAAAUGAUCUCGGCACAGAUUCGAUCCUCGUGCUUGAUGCCCUAAGGCCGGACGUUCCCGUCGUGAGGCGCGUCACCGUGCCGUCUGGCUCGGGGCCUCGACACGGCGUGUUUUAUCCCGCUGGGGAGGGAAAACCAGCGACACACUACUUUUUGCUCUGCGAGACGAGUAAUCGGGUUCAAGUGUUUAAACUAAAGUACACGGAGGUGGAUAUCGAGUUUACGGCCACGGGGAGCUAUUCUACGUUUUUGGAUGAAGAUAUGGGUGCGUUUGCUGCGGCGGGAGAGAUUGCGCUUUCGAAGGAUGGCGGGCAUGUAUAUACGUCGAAUCGGUUGAUGACGACGCCGACGGAGACGAUUGCGCAUUUUCGGGUGAAGAAGCCUGAGGGUGAUGAUGGGGGGUUGGAGUUGGAGUUGGUGGGGGAGACGUCGACGCAGGGGAAACAUCCGCGGAUGUUUAGUUUGAGCAGGAAUGGGAAUGAGUUGUUUGUUGGGAAUCAGGAGGGUGAAUGGGGGGUUGUGGUGUUGAGGAGGAGAGAGGAUGGGACGUUGGAGGAGGAGCCUGUUGCGGGGGUUUUGAUGGAGGAUAUUGUGAAAGGGGAAGGGGAUGAGAGAGGACCAAUGUUUGUGUUGGAGGUUGUGUAA